GGAGCGCAAGAAACGUGACGGGCAAGGGGAAUAUUCUCAUCUAGAGAGUUGGAUUCGCAAGUGAAAACCAAUCAAGAAUUUACUCUUGUAAAUCUUCCCGUGGUCUUCACCGCAUCUGACUAUUCCGUUUUCCUCUUUAUAAAUACGUUUCUCGCCGAUCAGGUGCUUUUUGUUCGUAUUGUCAAGUUUUCGCCGGAGAAUUCAUCACUUAACACUUCAACAUCUGAAAUUCAAAAUGCCUCGAGGAAGCUCCGGAGGAAGAUCUAGCUACCGUCCUUCUCGCCCUGCAGCUGCACGAAGCCCGCCUCCUCAAUCUGUGAACCGUGCUCCUCCUCCAGCAACAGCUCAGCCUAGUAGCGGUGGUUCUUUCUUAGGCAAUAUUGGUGCAUCCAUAACUGAAGGUCUGGCUUGGGGUACUGGAACUGCAUUUGGACACAGGGUUGUGGAUUCUGUGAUGGGUCCACGAACCUUUAAGCACGAAACCGUUGUUUCUCAGGUUCCAUCUGCUGCAAAUACCAUGACUGCUUGUGACAUUCACUCCAAGGCUUUCCAAGAUUGCGUCAACCAUUUUGGAAGCGACAUCAGUAAGUGCCAGUUCUACAUGGACAUGCUGAGUGAAUGCAAGAAGAAUUCUGGUUCCGUGGUGGCUGCUUAAUCAACUAGUCGAGAUGUCUGUGCUAAGAACAACUCUGGUGUCUUUAAUAAUUAGUUGUUGAAAUCUAAUGGUUUUCUUGUUGAAAGAUUUGGGAUCUUUUAUGUUAUUGUCUUUUGGUUUUAUGGGAUCUUUUAUGAUGGAGUUAUUAUAUCACAUAAUUAACAAGAAACCUAUAAUAGCAAUUAGAUCAAUAUCAACCAAUUCCUUCAUUAAUUUUAUUGUUUUACUUCAAAACUCCAUCUUUACUUUAAC